UGUGCGCCAGCCUUUGAACGUCCAAGUUGAUCGCACGCGCGCUAGCCGGCGUACAUUGGAAGCAGACAGUUUGUGAUUGACGAUCUAUACAACCGCACGUUUGUAUUACGAGACCACAGUUACAGCGAAUAAAUAGUGUUUUCACGGCCGUCAUAAUAAUAACGUGUAACAGAGUUCCUCGCAUAUUUCAUUACUUUGAUGAUGUAAAUAAACAAAAGUGCCUCUCUCGCGAUUGACUCAUAUCAUAGCUUUGUUAAGUAUGUAAACAAAGCAGAAUAUACAUCUGUGUACUUGAAACGAAUUUAGUAACAUUCUGUGUGCUACUUGUGUCAACAAGUGAAUAUAUACGGACUAAUUUUAUUAGAACAAUUGUGCUUGUGUCACUUAAAACUAAAAUUAUAAUUAUAAUAGAACUUGUAAAUUAAUGCUUUCGAUAAUGCGGUGCACUUGAGGGCUGUGUCGGUAUGAACUCUGACGUCCACCGUCAUCAGGCGCAUCCGCCGCUCUCUCAGCACGGUGUUCACGGCGGCGCACAGAGCGUGGGUCCCUGCGGCUGGUACUCGGCCUCCGCGGCCCCUGCGCCUACAGCGCCAGUCAGACUCAAACGUGCUCCGCCCCACCAGCUGCCGACGGUAGGUGCUGUGAGCGGGAACAAUGUUCCUCAGGCACCGCUCUCGCCUACAGCCCUACAGAACACGCCGCCACACAACAAUGUAAUGUCGUCGUCAGUACGAGCGGCCGCGCCCGCCAUGCACAUCUCUCAGACGUCUACUGUUGUCCCGAAAGGUGCCAGUGACGUAUUAGUGAACUCCACGCCAUCAAACCCACCCCCCGCCGCUAACAGACUCAUCAACAUGACGCACUGGCCUUGGCACCACGGCGCCAUCUCUCGCGAGCGUGCGGAGGCGCUGUUGUCUGGCUCACCGGACGGUGUGUUCCUGGUUCGUGAGAGCACCAAUUUCCCCGGCGACCACACGCUCUGUGUUCGGUUCAGGGGUCGUGUCGAACAUUAUAGAGUGAAAUGGGCUACGGCCCCGGACAGUCAGAAUCAACGUCUGACCAUUGACGAUGAAGAAUUCUUCGACAAUAUGACGAAUCUAAUACAGCACUACUUGAAAGACGCGGAUGGUUUAUGUACAAAAUUGGAGCGAUGGCUUCCCAAGGCGUCACCGAAUGGUGCCAAUAACAACAACUUGCACCAGGCGACCUUCACGCCACUGCCACAGCAGCCACCCCCGUAUCCUCCUACACCGAGCGUGUCAAGUUCUCUGAGCGCGGUUCCAUUCCAACACGGAUUCGGUCACCUGCCCGGGGACGCCACUGACGGACCACAGAAAUUCGUCGACGCCAGAUGGAUAAUAGCGGAGAGGGAUUUGGAAAUCCGAGAAAACAUCGGCAAGGGAGAGUUUGGUGACGUCAUGCUGGGCAUACUCAAUGGAUCGCAGAAGGUAGCUGUGAAAAUAUUAAAGGAUCGAGAGGCAGCUAGCAAAUUCCGCGCUGAGGCCAGCGUUAUGGCGUCCCUUAAGCACGAAAACCUCGUCCGUCUGCUGGGCUGUGUGGUGUUCAGUUCCAACGGCAGCACCUGUAUCGUUACAGAGCACUGCGCCCAGGGUUCACUUCUGGACUACCUGCGCAGUCGCGGACGGCACUACGUCACGCAGCUCAAUCAGAUCAACUUCGCCUACGAUGCGUGUUGCGGUAUGGAGUUUGAGCGUCAGCGCGUGGUCCACCGAGAUCUGGCGGCUCGUAAUGUUCUCAUAUCGGCGGAGGGCACGGCCAAGGUCGCGGACUUCGGUCUAGCGAGGACGGACUCGACCCCCGACGACCCCGCCGACGCCCUGCGGGUACAGGCCAAGCUGCCCAUCAAGUGGACGGCGCCCGAGGCACUCAAGUACAACAAAUUUUCUAAUAAAUCUGACAUGUGGAGUUUCGGGAUUCUUCUCUGGGAGAUCUACUCUUUCGGGCGAGUGCCCUACCCUAGAAUCCCAUUAGCCGAGGUUGUCCGUCACGUGGAGCGCGGGUACCGUAUGGAGGCGCCCGAGGGUUGUCCGGGAGGGCCGUACGAUGUGAUGAGAGCGGCCUGGCACGCUGACCCUGCACAGAGACCGACCUUCGCCAGCACGAGGCUCAGACUCGCCGCCAUAAGGGAUGCGGCGCAUGCUCAUCAGUGAACAUUGCUCUAUAUAUUUGUCGGAUGUUAAAGCAACUAUAUAAAGUGUCAGCGCUGUGAAGAUGUGAGCUGUAUUUUAUUAUAUUGAUUUUAUUGUCUCGUGUAAGUACUAAAUUAUUUUGAUAAUCUUUAAAGACACUUCCUCACUUAAGAAGUAACAUUUAUAUAGUAUAGAAAAAUUGGUGUAUAGGGGAGAAAUUUAUCACGUGUUGUGUACUCGGGGGGCUUUUAGUGGCAGAUUAUCUUGAUCGACUAAUUUACUAUUUGUAUAUUUUUUUCCAAGAUCCACAAUGUAGUGAAAAAAAGUAAUAAUUAAGCACAAAUUUUUUAAUAUGCACAAUUUUUGGCUAUUUUACUUUUGAAAUUUUUAGUGUAACAUUAUAUUUAAUACUAUUAAAUAGUACGUUUUAUGCAUAAAUACAGUGUGUUGAUAAAUAUUAUUGUGAUAAAUUAGACGCUAAUGAUCCUGGCAGGAUAAUUAUUUUUCCAAAUAUUAAAAAAAAAAAAGUAUAAAAACAUCAGAAAAGUUUUUGUAAUUAAGACGAAAUAUACCUGGCAGUUUUACAAUGACACUACAAAUAUAUAAAUAUUUAUAUUUUUUAACCGAUUUUCUUAGUAUUCCGCACUAAAAGCCCUUAUAGUUUUUAUGGCCUAAUAUUUAAUUCUCACAUCGCGACUGUGACCGUAUGUCGGUACUAUGGUACUGUCUAGUCAAAUAACACUUUUAGUUUCGUUUGUAUAUUAUUAUCUUUUUUCCUCUUUAUUUAAAUCAUGAUGGUGACUGAUACACGCAUACGCGGACAUGUAUAAUGCACAUAGACUUAUAUUAAUAAUAAUUUAUAAUACUAUUAGUUUUAUAAAUAUUCAUGCUAUAUAUAUUCUACUGUGGAAAUAUGUUUUACGAGCCUUUAAAUUUCAUUAUGGCGUCAAUGAAUCGGCAUUCGUAUCUGUUGUAACGAAUCCUGAAUUCGUAUGAAAUGUGUCGAGAGCGGGAUUACUUCAGUGUUCCGGACGUUUUAGUUUCUUAUUGUUAGUCACCGUAAGGUAAAGUUGUUUGACCGACUUGGAGGUUGUGUACUAAAGUUAGUUAUUACCACUGAUAAUAUAUUUGAUAAUAUUAAAGAUGUUGUUUAAUUAUGUGGUUGUAUUUUCUGAGUGAUUCCAAUGAUUUGAUAUAUACAAUGAAUCUCAUGCACGACUGUCUGUGGAAUUAAAUUUAAAAAGAUUUUUAUGAUUCUAACCGCUUGUAUUAUAUAACUUGAGCGUGAAUUAAAAUUAGCAACUUUCCCUUAUAGCAGCCAUUGAAUUGUAUACUUUUAUAUGAACUGGUUCACGGCCACAACUAGAGGGUGAUCUUUCCUUCUCCUUAUGCAAUACUAGUCUUAAGUGUUACAUUUGUUUUUUUUUUUUUUACGAUCUAUUUAUAAUUUCUUGACAAUCAAUAAUUGGUUAUCAAUCCGAGCCGAACGCGAUCUAUUAGCAAGUCGCUAACAUAAAUUCCUAAACGUCGCCUUUCAUUUAAGUGAUUACGAAAUGUAAAUAAACUGUUCCAGUAUUUAUAUAUAUAUAUAAAUUAUUUUUUAAUUCGAACGUCGUGAAUCUUAGAUCGUUUGUCCAUGUAGAGGGCUGCUAGUGUGGCCCGUCGUUUGGUAUUUAGUGAAUUAUGUAAAAACAAAGCCACUUCCGAGCCACCGAAAUAAACUUAUGAUGAAUAUGAGACUGUGCGUUACUUGUAUCAGAUAUAUAUUAUAUGUAUAGCCUAAAAGAUACUUGGACUCGCUAAUAGAUCCAACCGACUCUUGUUUAGAGUAAUUAUUUUUACCAAAGUCAUUUCAUUCGUCUGAUGUAAACGUCUUGUCUUCGUGGUCUUCCCUUUGUUUUCUGUAUUAUAUGGAAAGUGUUUGUAAUAAUGUAGUGUGAUUUCAACCCUCAGACUGAAGAUGGUUGCUCUGGUAAGAUUCCAUGUGUAAUAAAGGUAAAGCUUAAAAUGAAAAUCUCGUUUUGUUUUUUUUUUUUUUUGUUUUCGAAAUGUAAAUACGUGUAACAUUAAGGGAUAAAUGUAUAAUAAGAUAUAUAUAAAAACAA